AUGGAGUUUUCUAUGGAAUAUCGUAACAAUCACAUUGAUCAGCAACAUGGUAAUCCUAGGCAUGAGCAGUUUCCUACCCGAUGCCAUCACUAUCAAAAAGGAUUCUGCAGCUUUGGUGUUCAGUGCAGAAAUCCGCACAUCCAACCCGAUGUUGUGAAUAAUACAGAAUCAGAAGCUGAAGCAGCUGCUGCAACUACUGUCGACAGUGGUUCUUCUAGGCAAGCUAUGUCAAAUACAAAUUCGCCUACGCUGUCUAGUUCGGAAUCUGGCGUUAAAGAUAUAAAAGAUGCAGAAACUGAAGCAGCUGGUUCUUCUAGCCAAGACGUAGGUAUCGGAGAAGCGGCUACUGAAUCAUGUGCUAUAUGCUUGGAUGCAAUCAUGGAAAGGCCAAACAGAAGAGAACAAAUAUUUGGGCUUCUUCCCAAUUGUAACCACUGCUUUUGUUUCAGAUGUAUAAUAAAAUGGAGAAAACGUAGGGUUAGUUCGAAUGUGUUAAGAGCGUGUCCUCUGUGUAGACAGCCGUCCGACUAUGUGUAUUUUAGUAAAACUUGGUUUCGUACGAAAGAAACCAAAGAUAAUUUCAUAACCAAGGCAAAAAAUCGAAUGCUACAAACCGAUUGUAGAUAUUUCAGGAAUGGCUUUAGCCACUGCCGCCUGGGAAAUAAGUGUCCGUACUUGCACGCUCUAGCUAAUGGUACCAGAUUGUAUCCACUCCGAGUACCGGCACCCAUAAAUGGAGGAGGACAUAUCGAUUUGGACAUGUUUCUACACAUUUAUACGAUUUGCGAAAAUCCAUAA